CAGACCAGCUGGGACUGGGACUUGACCUCAGCUUGGGCCUGCUUGGCCUGCACCUGAAGAGCAGACUGAUCCUGGGGAGGGGAGACAGCAGGGUGGCCAGCUUUAGGAGGCUUCCUCUGGAACAUUCUGGAGAUUAGUACAGGCUCCUGGGCCUCUCUCGCCUCUGCCACAGGUCUGAGCUAGACACCAAGGUCACCACAGUUUAACAACAUCCUCCCGACCCUGAGUAAUUUUGCUUUGUGUGUGAAAGAAGUCAGGAAGACAUUCUGGCAGUUAGUGGCCACCCACACUGAGGCACUUAGAGUCAUAUAAACUGUUUCCUGGUGGGAGAUGGCACAUCCUGGCCUACUGCGUGGUGUUCCUGGGCCUCUGGAAGGAUGAAGGUGAUGCUGCUGACUCCUGCUCUCCUUGCUUUGGUCUCUAUGUCCUGGGUCCAGGCCGUGUGGCUGGGAAGGCUGGAUCCUAAGCAGCUCCUUGGGCCCUGGUACAUCCUGGCAAUGGCCUCCCGUGCAAAGAACUUCAUGGUGGAGAAGGACUUGAAGAAUGUGGAAGGUGUCAUGGUGACCCUUACUCCAGAUAACAAGCUGAGAGUUCAGUCCUCUCGGCAUGGGCCAGAUGGGUGUCGUGAGAGUACUGUGGAGCUGCUGAAACGAGAGUCCCGAUGGGUGUUUGAGAACCCCUCUCUCGGUGUACUGGACUACCGGGUACUGGGCACUAACUUCAAGGACUAUGCUGUCAUCUUCACACAACUAGAGUUCGGGGACGAGGCCUUCAACACAGUGGAGUUGUACAGUAAGUGGGGACAGGCAAGGUUGCGCAGGGUCCCUGUGUCUAUGGCCCCUAGGAGGGAACAUACAGGGCCAAGCCCCAGCCACCCUGAGGUUGGCGAGGGAUUGAGGUAAAGAAAGGGUCA